GCUCUCUCAGUAACAGAAAGUGGCCGCCUCUCUGCUGCUGCUGCCGACUCAAAGCUCACGGACUCGCUUGGUGCCUCAAACCGCCAUUUUGGAGCCACAGAACCGAGAGUCGGCAGCAGCGACGAGAGGGACCGGAGGGGGGACACGGGGCUGAGACUCUUUCACCUUUGUGAGGUAAUUCAUCUUGGACUCAAGAGGAAUGCCAUUUCUUAACCAAAAGUGUGUGCAUUUCUUCAGUAAAGGGUUCUGCCCUGCUGGGCAGAGGAGUCAGUGCUGCAUGGCGUCAGGGCAAGAUGGGCGCCAGGAGGAUGGGUCGCCGGGGCUCUCUGGCCUGGCCAAGCCUCUCUAUCUGCAGCGCUUGGAAAGAUCUCUGAAGUUGGACAGUUUUCUGCGACAAACCGCUGCUAUCUUUAACAGAGACAUAAGCGACGAUAGCGACGACAGCGAUGGCGCUUUGGGGUCGGGCCUUUCCCUGGACGCCUCCAACCAACACGCAGCAUUGUCCGUGAAGAGUGAGCCAUGCGAGCAAGAAGAUGCGCUAUCAGACUGCAAACCCCUUAACGGAGUACUACAAGGUAAAGCAGACCAAAAGGCCGAUAAAACGAAUCUCUACAAUUUUUCAAAGUUGAAAAAGAACAGAAAAUGGCUCAAGAACAUCCUCCUGAGUGACGACACAACAGACUCUGACGCAGAGUCCGACGACGCUAACUUCAGUUUGUCUCGGGAGGAGCUUCACGACAUGCUUCGGUUACACCGUCACAAUCGGCAGCAUCAGAGCAAGUUCUACUCCGACCGAGAGCUCUAUCAGUAUCAGUACUACAGCACAGGACUCCUGUCAAGUCAUGAUCCUUUCUAUGAGCAGCAGCGCCACCUGGGCACGAAGAAAAAGAAAAUUAAAGAUGAGAAGAAAAUCAAAGGAAAAUUAAAGAAAGUGAAGAAGAAAAAGAAAAGAGGUGAAGAAUUUCUCGACGAGGAGCGUCCAUAUAUCACCAAGGUGUUUGCAAAGUUUUCCCACGAUGCUCCACUGCCCAUGGUGAAGAAAAAACAUCUCACUGUUGAACAGCUGAAUGCACGGCGGCGUAAAGUGUGGCUCACCAUCGCUAAAAAGGAGGUUCCUAAGUCUUUCAAGCAGAAGACUUCUGCCAAAAACGUAGUACUCACCAACGCUAAAAAGCUGGCCCACCAGUGCAUGCGAGAGGUCCGGCGUGCCGCCAUCCAGGCUCAGAAGAACUGCAAAGAGACGCUGCCCCGUGCGCGACGCCUCACCAAGGAGAUGAUGCUCUACUGGAAGAAAUAUGACAAAGUGGAAAAAGAGCACAGGAAGAGAGCUGAGAAGGAAGCUCUGGAGCAGCGGAAACUCGACGAAGAGAUGAGAGAGGCUAAACGUCAGCAGCGUAAGCUGAACUUUUUGAUCACUCAGACGGAGCUGUACGCUCAUUUUAUGAGCGGCAAAGCCAGCAUGGGGGCACCGGAAGGGGACACGACGCAGGAGGACAUUUUGCGAAAGCUUGAAGACAAUUCGUCCCAGAGACAAAUUGAUGUGGGAGGAGGCGUGAUGGUCAAUGUUGGACAGGAGGAUUAUGACAGUGAAUACUACAAAUCGCAGGCUUUGAGGAAUGCUAGAGAAGCUUAUCAGAUUCACCAAGAGAGAACAAGGAUGUUUGACGAAGAGGCCAAAGACAGCCGCAGUGCCUCUCUGCAUGUUGCGGGCAGCAUGUCCUCAGGACUGGCCUCUGGGUUUGGAGAGAGCUACAGUUUGUCAAACCCCUCCAUCCAAGCAGGCGAGGACAUUCCUCAGCCCACCAUUUUCAACGGAAAACUUAAGGGAUAUCAACUCAAAGGCAUGAACUGGCUGGCCAACCUCUAUGAACAGGGGAUAAAUGGAAUCUUGGCAGAUGAAAUGGGACUUGGGAAGACGGUUCAAAGUAUCGCCCUGCUGGCCCACCUAGCAGAGAGAGACAACAUCUGGGGUCCGUUCCUGAUCAUCUCUCCAGCGUCCACGCUCAACAACUGGCACCAGGAGUUCAGCCGCUUUGUGCCCAAAUUCAAGGUGCUGCCGUACUGGGGGAACCCCCACGACCGCAAAGUUAUUCGGAAAUUUUGGAGUCAGAAAACACUUUAUACACAAAACGCACCUUUUCACGUGGUGAUCACGAGCUACCAGCUGGUAGUCCAAGAUGUAAAGUACUUCCAGAGGGUCAAGUGGCAGUACAUGGUUCUGGACGAGGCCCAGGCUCUGAAAAGCAGCUCCAGCGUUCGGUGGAAAAUCCUCUUGCAGUUCCAGUGUCGGAACAGACUCCUGUUGACCGGGACGCCCAUCCAGAACACUAUGGCUGAGCUGUGGGCCCUGCUGCACUUCAUCAUGCCCACAUUGUUCGAUUCCCACGAAGAGUUUAACGAAUGGUUCUCCAAGGACAUCGAGAGCCACGCUGAGAACAAGUCUGCCAUCGACGAGAAUCAGCUUUCCAGAUUGCACAUGAUCCUCAAGCCAUUCAUGCUGCGCAGGAUCAAGAAGGACGUGGAAAAUGAACUCUCAGACAAGAUUGAGAUCCUGACCUACUGCCAGCUGACGUCCCGUCAGAGGCUGCUCUACCAGGCUCUGAGGAACAAGAUCUCCAUCGAGGACCUCCUCCAGUCUUCCAUGGGCACGGCCCAGCAGGCCAGCAGCACCACUUCCUCGCUUAUGAACCUGGUCAUGCAGUUUAGGAAGGUUUGCAACCACCCUGACCUGUUUGAGCGUCAGGAAACCCGCUCCCCUUUCCACAUGUCUGUCAAGCCAUACGUCAUUUCCAAGUUUCUCUACCGUCAUGGUCUCGUCCACACACACAACCAGGCCAAGAACAAAUUACUACAAGUGCUGUUAUCUCCUUUCUCGCCAAAUCACAUCCAGCAGUCCCUUUUUCAUAGGAAAGAUGACGAAAAAGGAAGCUGCUUCUCCUUCUUGCGCUUUAUUGAUGUGUCACCAGCAGAAAUGUCCAAUAUGAUGCUGCAAGGCACCUUAGUGAGGUGGUUAGGUCUUUUCCUGUCAAUGAAAGCUGCUUACCGGCUCUACUAUCAACGGCUGUUCGACCCCAUGGGGGAACAUCAAGACGAAGGCGACAGAGGGAGGAUACAGCACAAGAGUGUGUGUCUUUCUCACAAGGAUCUGAUCCUGUGGCUCAACAAACCGACCGCCUUCCCCAACACACAAACCAGUCUCGUCCUCCAGGAUCUGGUGUUUACAGCCUCUAGACCCGGCAUUUUGGCCCACACAGACGUGAGGAUCCACGACAGAAACUCUGCCACCUCCACGCUCCGACCCUGUGAAGCCACGCUGCCACCCAAGUUCCUGCUGGCCGCCACCCCCAAGGUGACGGCAGUUCCCAUGGAGCGGUAUUGUGCCGACCGGAGUGCCGAGUACGAGUGGCGGAUGAUGCGCGGCGGUGGGGGGACGGUCUACAAGCAGUGCUUUCUGUACGGCUCCCCUGAACUCGCCUCAGAUUGGCGCAUGAGGGCUAACGCCAUCCACCCACAAUGCCCCGGGGGGCUGAUGGCCCUCCAACCUCGCCAUGGAUGGUCCUUCAUACGGAUACCUGAUAAAGAAAGCCUGAUUACAGAAAGUGGCAAACUCCACACUUUGGACAUCCUUUUAAACCAACUAAAGGCCCAGGGCCACAGAGUCCUCAUCUACUCUCAGAUGACCCGCAUGAUAGACCUGCUGGAGGAGUAUAUGGUUUAUCGAAAACACACCUACAUUCGCCUUGACGGGUCCUCCAAGAUUUCCGAACGCAGAGACAUGGUGGCCGACUUCCAGAGCCGUACGGACAUCUUUGUGUUCCUGCUCAGUACGAGGGCUGGAGGACUUGGCAUCAACCUGACCGCUGCGGACACGGUGAUCUUCUACGACAGCGACUGGAACCCCACGGUGGACCAGCAGGCCAUGGACCGGGCUCACCGCCUGGGUCAGACCAAGCAGGUGACCGUCUACCGCCUCAUCUGUCAGGGCACCAUCGAAGAGAGGAUCCUGCAACGCGCCAAGGAGAAGAGCGAGAUCCAAAGGGUGGUCAUCUCCGGAGGCAACUUCAAACCGGACACGCUGAAGCCCAAAGAGGUGGUCAGUCUGCUUCUGGACGACGACGAGCUGGAGAAGAAACUGCGUCAAAGACAGGAGGAAAAGAGGCAGCAGGAGGAGAGCAGCAAGGUGAAGGAGAGGAAGAGGAAGAGGGAGAAGUACGCAGAGAAGCAGAAGAAGAACGAGGAGUCGGAGAACAAGAGGAAGAAGGAGAUGAACCUGGUGAUCUCCCACGCGCCCUCGGCCGAUAACUCCAACCUGUCCGCAGACGGGGACGACUCGUUCAUCAGCGUGGAGAUGGACUCGGCCAUGCCCAGUCCGUUCAGCGAGAUCUCUCUGAGCAGCGAGCUGCAGCCCGGCUCUCUGCCGCCGGACGCCGACGCCGACGAAAGCAGCAGCGACAUGCUGGUCAUCGUGGACGAUCCCGUCUCGUCGGCGCCGCAGUCUCGCGCCACCAACUCCCCCGCCUCCGUGACCGGAUCGGUUUCUGACAACAUGAACGGUGUUUCAGCCUCCGACUCGAUCAGCCCAGGCAGAGGCCGGUCCGGUCGGAGUCGCGGGCGGCCCAAAGGAUCCGGAGGAGCCGCCAAGUCCGGAGGGAAGGGCCGAGGCCGGAAGUCAACAGCUGGGAGUGCGGCGGCCAUGGCGGGGGCGAAGGCUGGGGCGGCAGCUGCCUCAGCAGCAGCUUAUGCUGCUUACGGAUACAGUGUUUCCAAAGCCGGCCUCUCCGCUGCCGGCCCCCUGCAGCCCUCCCUGGCGCGACUGGCCACAGGCCCCGCCUUCAAACUCAGCAGAAGCUCCUCCCCCCUCGCCAAAGGAGCGCCCUCCGGCCACAGCUCCCACUCGCAGCUGUCCCACGGCCACCACCACAGCAGCCACGGCGCAUCCAGGAAGGGCAAGGGCCCCGGCGGCCCCGGGACUCGAUGAUGAAGGCACAGACUGGUUCCUGACCUGCUGCUCACUGUGAACCCCACUGACGCUUUAUGCCUACGCUCAUAAAGAGAGUGCAGUAUUUACUACCCAUUUUGUGGAAGACAACGCUCUGCCUUUUUUGGCUCAGAAACCGAACACACACACACACACACACACACACACACACACACACACACACACACACACACACACCCGCAUAUCAGUCUGAUGGUUGGUCUUUUUUCCUUGUUCCAGUUUUGUUUCGAUGUAUAUUAGUUAGCCGAGGCUCGGGCUGUUUUUGUUGCCGUUACAACGAGAGCGCUUCCAAGUGCUUGUGGAGGCCAAUCAGAAGCCACAACAGGGGGGGUUCUUCAAUUAUUUUUUUCUUCUCUCUUUGACAAGUUAUUGAUGAACUUCUGUCACUGAGCCACGUCUUCCAUUUUUUGGGUGUUAACUAGUAUCAUAGAUGUGCACUAGGUUAUUUAAUUGUUCUGUAGAUAUCUACGCUCAGUUCGAAGCUAUGGAGGAAUCUGAAUUUCUAACGUCGACCCCCUCACCCCCUGCCGUCCCUCCCCAAGUAGAUCUACAGCUUUUCUACUAAAGCCGUUAUUUUUCUAACAGAAGAUUUAAGUAGAUGAGCUAACAUGGCGAUAGAAAACCUUUUCAACUACGCUUUUCCAGUAUUCCCAAAUCAACGUGAAAAUAUUUUUGUCCAAAAGAAGAAUAGUGUAAAGAAAUUUAAAAGAUAUAUAUUUCAAAUGGAAGUGUGCUGGUUGACUCAGCCCUGCUGCUAACAAUUAAAAUACUGAUUCAGAUUAUUUGGUUGUUUGCUAUUUUAAGUUAUUACUUUUUUUCUUUUUUUGCAUUUACAAUGGGGAGUUUAUAUUAAUUGUGAUGGAAAUCACAUGUACAACUGUAAAAUGUGAAAUUCAGUCGCUGUUUUUACUUUUCAUUAUAUUUCUGUGACGACCUGUUUGUGGAUUUCUCAUGCGUUUUAGAAUAAAAAAACAGAAGGUUCACGUUGAGUGUCCCGACCUGAGCACUACAUUCGUUCUGGGGUUUUUGUUUUCCUGUUUAUAUUGUGAUGAAAACUGAAAGUUCUAUAUUUGAUGUACAUAAAGAUGGGCCGUGGCUCUUUUCUCUCAUUCGCCUGUUUUAUUUUUAUAGAUUGGGUACAUGUGAAGAAAUGGAUCGGCUGUUUUACUCCGCGGAGGUGUGAGGUGAAAAAUAAAGGUGCUUUAAUUUGAACCUUUUCUGUCGUGUGACCGCUUCUGAUUUUUCAUCCCUCAAUGUUAUGUCCAAAGAAAUUU